AUAAUCCCACCGAGAUUGAACCUCCCUUGGUGCCCCGCAUACUUGAUCUCGCUCAGCCAUAUCAGGAAUCUUUUUGACUGCCUCUGUUAAAACCUACCGGAUGCUCCACCAACUUGGAAUACGCUACACCCCAAUCGAAUAUUAUUUUUGUGUUCUCAGACAGCAAUCAUGGCAUUCUUGCGAGAUCCUGAGAGUAAUCCGAUGGUGCAGGCCAUCUUGUCAAGGCUACAGCAUGUCAAUGCCAAAGCCGUCGCUGUUGGCUUGCCGUUGGCCUUUUUCGGUCUUGCCAUCUCUUACUACUUCGUCGCACUACUUUACAGCCUCCUCUUCUCACCUCUGAGAAACAUUCCCGGUCCGUUUCUGGCCCGUGUCACACGUUGGUGGGAGUAUCGGGUGGUUAAGCAAGGCAACUCAAAUUUGGAAUUCAUCCGUUUACACAAAAAAUAUGGCCCAGUUGUACGAGUAGGACCAAACCGGUACAGUGUCAGUCGGCCCAAAGACGUCAAAAAGAUCUACGAAUUGGGAGGCAAGUACGUCAAGACAACCUACUACAGUCCGUUGCUCAGCCCGGUCGUCGACGAGCAAAAUAUAUUUGCCAUCCAAAACAAUGGCCUACACAAGGAGAGGCGAAGAAAGAUCUCGCCGAUGUACACUAUGUCAUCUAUGGUAUCAUAUGAGCCUGCUGUAGACGAGAUGACCCAUGUGUGCAUCCGUAAGCUACACGAGUUUGCCAAAGAAGGCUGUCUGGUUGACAUUCCUCAUUGGAUGCAAUACUACGCCUUUGAUGUUAUUGGCGCCAUUACCUUCAAUAAGAGUUUUAACAUGAUGGAGAACGAAGGAGAUACCACCGGAAUGAUCAAGGGUAUUCGAGAGGCCAAUGACUUUUUGGCAUUCUGGGGCAUCGUUCCCAACCUCGUCCCAUGGCUCAUUGGCAUCGCUACUGCGUUGGGUACCAAGUCGAACACCUCAACGCUUGUCAGCUAUGCCCUCAAGCAGAUCGACGAUACCCGGAAAGCAAACGCCAAAUCCACAGUCAAGGGUAACACCAAGUAUGACACAUUCUUGAAGAAGCUGCUAGAAGGGGAGGCUGAAGGUCGUCUUAAAACGCCCAAUCUUCUUGACGCAUGCGGCAGCAACAUCGGAGCCGGUUCUGAUACCACUGCCGUGACACUGAGUUCCGCUCUCUACUACCUCUUCCAGAACCCAGAUAAACUGAAAAAGCUGCGACAAGAGAUAGACCAGAAAGUAGCCGAAGGCAGUCUCUCCGACCCUAUUACCUUCCAGGAAGCACAAGACAUGACGUAUCUGCAAGCUGUCAUCAAGGAGACGCUGCGUGUCCACCCAGCCGUGGGAACGAUUUUACCUCGCAUCGUGCCUCGUGGUGGUAUGGAACUAUCGGGAAUUUACUUCCCUGAAGGAACUGAGGUCGGCGUUAACGCAUGGGUUUUGCAUUAUGACAAGGAAAUCUACGGCCCAGACCCUGAGGUCUUCCGGCCAGAGCGCUGGCUGGGUGACGAGAAGACGAGCAUUAUGGAUUCUAUGAUGUUUGCAUUUGGAGGUGGUGCCCGGACUUGCAUUGGCAGGAACAUCAGUCUGCUGGAGUUGACCAAGAUGGUGCCUCAAAUUGUCCGCAAGUUCGAUCUUGUUAUUGAGGAUGCGGACAAACCAUUGGACACUUACUGUGCAUGGUUCGUGUAUCCUCAUUACAACGGCCGAUUCAAGUUGCGAGACCAAGAGGCAGUGGCCUGAUACACUAUGCCUUGGCGCUCACCCAAUGGCUGUUAUUAUUCUUUCAUUCGACAGUAGUCUUAGGAGGAGCCGUCAUGUUUUCAAGAUUGUUCAUGUCAAAUAUAUUUGCUAAAGAACCGUGUUUACAUCACUCUUGUCCCAACGUCUCAUGCUCAUUGUCGAGGUAAGGCGCGCGGUGCAAGCAUCAGCUGUUAGGUCUAUUAACUUAAAAUAAUACUCUUAAAAAUAUACUUUAGGGAAUAUAUUAACUACUUAUAUAAU